AACUGCAGCAGCUUCCGCUCUCUGGCGUCACACACAUGUAGCACAACAUGGCCCCUGCCAGCCGGGCUGUUGUGGUAGCGCUCUUGCUGCUGUAUCUGUGCCGGGCGACCUUCUCCUCCGAGUAUUUCUCUACUCUCACUUUGUUCAACAAUGAGCUCCACAAGCAGGGAUGCAGCUCGCUGUCCGAGUGGGAAGAGUACGCGGCUGACUGCGAGUCCUCCAUUUUACAGUUGGAAGACCCAGACUGUGAAGAGGGAAGCAACCCGCCUUGCGAGUCAGUCUUCUCACUUAACGCAGAGAAGAUCCUGAACCAGGCUAAGUUGUUUAUAGAACAGAAAAAAAUCCCCUUCCCUGUAGAUAACCACAACACCAACGAAGAACUUGCUAUAGGCUACGUUCUGAUAGGCAACGGUCUUUAUGAUGAAGCCAUCAAGCACUUCUCACUCUUAUUACAGGGCGACCCAGAGCUGGUCAGUGCCAUCUAUGGGAGAGGGAUAGCUUAUGGCAAGAAAAGUCUACAGGACAUAAAGAAUGCUGACUUGGCGUUGUACGAGCUCAACAGAGUCAUCACCCUGGAGCCCAACUGGCCAGAGGUCUACGAACAGAGAGCAGAGAUCCUGUCUCCUCUGGGUCGUAUCAGUGAGGCUCUAGGUGAUCUGACCAAAGCCAUCCAGCUGCAGCCCUCAGCCCGGCUCUACAGACACAGAGGAACACUGCUCUUCAUUUCCGAGGACUAUGUGGCAGCUAUGGAAGACUUCCAGCAGUCUUUAGAGCUGAAGAAGAAUCAGCCUAUCGCCAUGCUGUAUAAAGGCCUGACCUUCUUCCACAGAGGCAUGCUCAAGGAAGCCAUUGAGACAUUCAAAGAGGCACUGAAGUUAAAGUCUGAUUUCAUCGAUGCCUAUAAGAGCCUUGGACAGGCCUACAGAGAGCUGGGGGAUUUUGAGUCUGCGAUGGAGAGCUUCCAGAAAGCCCUCAUGUUGAACCAGAACCACAUCCAGUCUCUCCAGCUCCGAGGCAUGAUGCUGUACCACCACGGCUCGCUGCAGGAGGCCAUAGGCAACUUCAAGAGGUGUCUUCAGUUGGAGCCCUACAACGAGGUGUGUCAGUACAUGAAGGGGCUGAGCCACGUGGCGAUUGGACAGUUCUACGAGGGCAUCAAAGCUCAGACUAAAGUCAUGUUGAACGACCCUCUGCUAGGACAGAAGGCCAGCUCCGAAUACCUCAAAGUCAAAUACCUCAGAGAGUACUCUCGCUACCUGCACUCCCACCUUGACAUCCCAGUAGCAGAGUACAACGUGGACCAGGACUUACCAGGGAACUUUAAAAACCACUGGGCCAAGAACCUGCCUUUUCUAAUAGAAGACUAUGAGGAGCAGCCCGGCCUGCAGCCACAUAUAAAGGACGUGCUGCCGCAGAACUUUGACAGCUACAGCAGUGACGUUCAGAAGUUGAUCUGCACAGCCGACCACCUGGGGGCGCUAAUGCAAUACGACACCCCUGGUUUCUUACCUAACAGAAGAAUACACAGAGCCAUGGGUUUAGCGACCCUGGAGGUGAUGCAGGCCAUGCAUCGAACAUGGAGCAACUCCAAAGUGCGAGUCAACGGCAAGACCAGGCAAAUGCAGUGGAGAGACAUGUUCGACAUAGCUGUUAAAUGGAGGAGGAUCGCGGAUCCAGACCAGCCAGUUCUGUGGUUGGACCAGAUGCCCGCCAGGAGUCUGAGUCGAGGCUUCAACAAUCACAUCAAUCUCAUCAGGGGACAGAUUAUCAACAUCAGAUACCUGGCCUAUUUUGACAACAUCCUCGACUUCAUUAAAGACAGAAUACUGGUGUAUCAUGGGGCGUACAACCCCCGAGGACUGUUAGAGGUCCGUCAGGCUCUUGAAAAUGUGAAUAAAGUAGAAGAUCUGCUUCCUAUAAUGAAGCAGUUCAAUAGUAAAACCAGAGAUGGCUUCACGGUCAACUCCAAGGUGCCGAGCAUGAAGGAUCUCGGAAAAGAGUACGACGGUUUUACCAUCACCAUCACCGGAGACAGGGUGGGCAACAUGUUAUUCUCAGUGGAGACUCAGACGACAGAAGAGCGGACGCAGCAGUACCAGUCAGAGAUAGAGUCCAUCUACAAAGACCUCACCGCCAAAGGAAAGGCGUUAAUGCUGUCCACUGAGCUAGGGGAUGCAGACGCCGUGUGUAACCUGAUCCUCUCCUUGGUUUAUUACUUCUGCAACCUCAUGCCCCUCUCCAGAGGAUCCAGUGUGGUGGCCUACUCAGUCGUGAUGGGGGCGCUGAUGGCCAGUGGGAAAGAGGUCAUCGGCAGGAUCCCGAAAGGAAAGCUGGUGGAUUUUGAGUCCAUGACCACACCCAGUCCAGACAGCUUCAGUAAAACAGCAAAGCACUGGAUGAAUCUCAAAAGUUUACCAAGUUGGUACCAGAGUCUUCCGUCCGUAGCGGAGACCUUCCCGUCCACCAGAACGAUGAUCGAGGUUCUCAACACAGACUCGUCUUCACACUGUCCAAAGAAGUCCUAACACAACUUCUAAACGGGAGAGAAGUCUGUUUAUUUUAAGUCUUAAUAAUGGAGCUUCUACACCGGGAAGAACAAAGAGGCCCGUCUUCUUCUGCAACCCAAAACUCCAGAAGCAUCUUAGCUUCCAUGCCUACAUUUUAAGUUCAUAGUGUUACUUGACACAUUUGGGAAGCAGGCCUCUUGGUCCUGGCUAGAACUGAGGUGAUAUUACAAAUUCAAAAUAUUAGUUUAAGGAGGCUUUUCAUCUGUGAAAACGUGACCAUUAUUUAAUUUAGCGGAAUUCAUUUUUAUUUUGGUAUCAAAUUACCUCUCCGAAUCCUGCUCUGUUCUCUGUCAUCCUCCUUCACACCCACGACUCUUAAAGUUGUGGUAGGCCGUUUACUUUUGGCGUUGUUGGGGGGAAAAAAUUCCAUAAUAAUUUUUUUAGCAUAUUGUAAUUUAAGUGGUCUGAGAGAAAUGGACAUUCAUGGACAUGCAUUGCCCGUGCAACAGAGAGAGGAAGCGCUGCAGGAAGAGGUCUUACUCUACAAAUUCUGGCAUUAUUUUGCUUUCUACCCACUGUAGCUUUAACUCUGAAUUUGUGAAAGUUUGGACGCUGGUGUCCGUUAACUGGACACCUGUGUAUCAACUCUCUGCAAGUACAUUUAAUAGUCUUAGUAAGCGAUGAUAGAUCCAGUUCAGUGUGAUGUUCAACUGCAGCAGUCAACUAUCAACAUCCAGGCUUCAUUAUUUUAUAAUAGACUUUCAGCUCACAGAACACAUUUGUUCAAAGUAUAGAAUGUUUAUGAAUUAAAUAUUGAAUCCGACUUUUGUUCAGGUAUAACAACAACAAAAAAAUCCAGAUUUUUCUUGGUUCUACCUAGAAUUGGUCCCAACAUUUCCACACUCCAGCUGUUUGGAGAAGAUGACAGAGAACGUCCUUGUCACAGUUUCAGAAGUGAUUCUGUCCACCCACUCGUUUUCUCUGCUUCAUAGGCCUCAAGCUGAAACACCCAAAGCACACGGUCAGAGACGACAAAACCGUUUUUAUUGAACGUUCAAGUUUGUAAUUGGCACUUUAAAGCUUUUUUUCUUUUCUUUUUUAACCACUUCCACACACACUCCAUAGAAGGAGUUCUGGGAUAAAAACAAUAUAAAACUAAAAACCUUCAGGGCUAUUGAAUUCCACUCGGGAUACUUGAAGCAGUCUCUUUUUAUUUUGUUUUCUUAUCGGGUAUAGAGGCCCGCUUUCCUUUAACGUGACCAAUAAAGGGUUGGUACUAAGAUGGGUUGGCUGCUGAACUAGUGUGAGAGCAACAGUCAGAGGUUUUUUAGAGACUUUUCAGAGCGUUACUUGUUCCUUUUUGUGACAUAAAGUUCCUCAUGGAGUUGUCAGUAAAUCGAUAUAGUCGAUAUACAGAAAUCAAUUAGAACUAAAGAGAUUUAUUAUUCAUCACGCAAAAAAAAAUAUCAACGUCCUGUUUUUCUUAUGUCAUUAUAAAUUACGUUUCGGUUUUGGACUGUUUUGAGGACACACAUCUUGAACUUGGACCUUGCGAAAUCUCUCGGAACAUUUCCUGAUAUUUUCUGAAGUAUUUUGUUGCGUUCUCUUUAAUACUUUCUUUUACAUUUACAACUUGACACAGCAAAAAAAAAUAAAAAAUGGAAAAAACAUCACGUCAUCAAUGCAAACUUAAUAUUUGUAUGUCUACGAAAAGAGGAAAAAGGAGCAACGUAUUUUAGAGAUUCAUCUUAAAAAGCAGCUUUUUUUCAUAAAUAAUUUGUAGUUUAAAUGAUUAGUUGCCGCCCUAGCGUUGUGUUCUUCUAUUUACUGUGGCAGAGAGACUUUAAAAUGUAGCAUAAUAAGCUGCAUUCAAUUACAUGUCUCAUACCAAAAUGAAUAAAGCGAUAAAGCAGCCUGGUUGUUUUAUAGUAGUGUGAUUCGAAAAGCUGUGAAACGGUACAUUUCCGUUUUUUUAAGUUAUAAUAAGUAAACAUUGAAAUGUGAGUCACAUAAAUAAUAAAAAACUCCUGGAUGUUCUCUGGCAUCUCUGACUGUUGGGCCUUGUAAAGGAUUAUUUAUAGACACCACAUACUGUUAACGUCUUUGCUAUCAUUCCUUUAGCUUACAUUAGAUGUCAUCGGUGUCUUUAACAUCUCUGGCUUUUCUUAUGACCUCAUUGAUUAAAGUUGCUUCUCUUAAAGGUC